CAACCGAACGAGAGGCAUUUUUACGCAAGAUGUUACUACGCCGAAAAACAGUCGCCCACUGAUUUCGUGAUCGCCCUGGAGAACGUUAACGAACGAGGAUAUCAUUCUUGCUCGUACCCGUACAACGCUCCUUUCGAGUACACGUUGGCGGCGAUGCGCGAGUUAGGACGAUUUCACGGUAAAGGGUACGUCAUGAAGGAACUGCAGCGGGAAAAGUUCUUCGACGUCGUGGCGCGACUGCAAGAGUCUAGAUACGUGAAAAUAGGAAAAGAAAACGUGUUUGAAGUUUAUUGCAAUGUUAAGGUGAUGCGAUCGUUGGAAUAUCUCCGCAGACAAGGCCACGAUGCAGCUUUCUGUGACAGGAUGGAAGCCUUCCUCACGAACGCGUUUGACGAAGUGAUGAUGAAGAUAAUAAAGCCGCUUGAACCUCUGGCCACGAUGUGCCACGGCGACUUUCUAUUGAGCAACAUUCUCUUCAAGGCGGAUGAGGAUGGACGAUAUCGCGCGAUGCUGAUCGACUUCGCGCUUAUUACAUAUUCGACGCCCGUCGUCGAUCUCUCCACGUAUCUCUACAACUGUUGUUCGAAUGAAGAGAUACGAGAGAAAUUUUUCGACAUCAUGCGAGCUUAUCACGACGCGCUGAUGGAGUAUUUGCUGGACGCUGGCGUUCAAGACGUUGAGAAAUAUUCAUAUAAGGCUUUGUUGGACGAUUUUAGGAGGGGCGCUCUCUACGGUUUUAUUCUCGCAUCCCAUUUUUUACCGGUAAUAUUGGGAUAUCUCAAAUCAGAAACGUUAGUCCAAGACAUAAUCAGUCUAGAUUUUUUGGUAAGUGCAAAGAAGCAAAAAUAUGUCGGCGGAGACAAAGUAUGUAAAAUACUUGCUGAUAUAUUGCUGCAUCUGAGAGAUCUUGGCUGCUUGAAACAUAUUUUAUAAUGUGAGAUAAUUCACAUAAAAUGCAUAUAUAAGAUAUAAUUUAUAUCGUAACGAUUAGUAACUUAUAGUCGAAAGAUUUUUAAGUCAUCGGGUGAUCAGGUAAUAUAUAGAUUCGUAAUUAUAUUAAAGGCAAAAGAUUUAUUUUAUAAAUAUUGCUGUCUCUCUCUCGUUGUCAUUUCUAUACGAGAAAUAGUAGUUACAUUAUAAUACAAAGACCGAAUUGCAAGUGUAAUUAGAGUCGAAAUAUAUUGAAUCACACUCGACUUUAUAGUGUCUUGUGCGAUAUAUUACGGAUAAAAUUGUAUAUCAUAGUUAAAAACUUCGUUAUCGUAAUAAUAUUCAAUUCAAAGGAAGUAAUGCAAACGCGUAUAACUAACAAAAACUAAUAAAUAAUAAAUGUACAUCUUAUUUUAAUAAUAAUUAAAAUUCACAUGAAAAUAUCUUGAAACAUAGUAUAUAUUGUCCGUUUAUAUAAACUUGCCUUCGCCUCAUUAACGUUUUUGUAAAAUUUUAAAGCAUCUUUACAACGUCUUUUAGACACGUGUGCUGUCUACACUGUUAAAUUCGUAGUGUCAAAUUAUACUCAAUUUGAAUCAUUUUUAACAAUUCCUAUAG